AGGAACGGUGGAAGGAGCUCUCUAAGGAGGACCAAGCACCAAGUUCUGAGCAGUCUCCUCCACACCAAAACAAAAUAACCAUGGAGAAGUACAAUGGGAACAGCAUAGGCCUGGAGAACAAAGAUCAAGUGGAGAAAAUAAAUACUGACCUGUCCACUAAAGUCCAAGAUAUCACAGGUGGAAACAUUGAAAGCACUGUCCGGAAACGACUGCGAGAGGACAGAAAAGCUAACACAGCACAGAAGCUGCAGCAGAUGAAGCAGAAGCUAAAUGAGACUGAAAGAAAGAGAAAAAGGCCGAGACUGACUGACACCUAAGCCUUCAAGACUUGUGAAUAUUCUGCAGCUAUAAACUGCAAAUUAUUGACAUGCAAAGCGAGACAUGAACCCCCCUCUUCGGGAACAAAAAAAGUGAGGUCUGUUAAGUACCAAGAGGACCUCAGUUAUCUGUUUACAGCAUAAACUGCACCGAGGGGAUGAAGACCACCAGCAGCGUGCGACUUUGCAAAACGAAACGAUUUGCCAUCCUGUGUUUUUUUUCUAAUGCUUGUAUCAAUGUAGAAAGUUGUAAAAGAAAUAAAAUAGGAAAUAUUUUGUUUUUUACUGCCAUUCUUAUUGUAUUUUUAUACUUGUUGGCAGCAUUAAAUAUUUUUUUAAAU